CCAGACUUCAACCCCUCAAUAAACAGGAACGGCUAUGCAGGGAACAAUAACGCUUGGAUCGCGGAUGCGUGAGACGCAUGUUCCAGCCUAUCGUGGGCGUGUACGUAGUGGGUGCUUGACAUGCCGAUCACGGAAAGUCAAAUGCGACGAAGCGCGACCGAACUGUCACAAUUGCACAAGGCUGGCCCGUGAUUGUGUUUACAAGCCUCAGAGGUCCUUACGCCCAAAUACGACUGUUCAGAGUCCUAGCACAAGCCCAGAGGAUGCAGUUCAAGAUGUACCAAUAGUCGACCCAACAUCUAAUAUCAGAUCCAACGCAAUUCCAAACCAAGGUUCCCCUCAAGAGGUUGAGGACUGCGUCCUUGCAGAAAAGUCGCGACUUCACAGUGCUCUGAAGGACGCUCUAGGACUGGUACAGGAUUCGAUACCUUCUCCCGACAGCUCAUUCGACAACUAUACAUCUAAUCUGGAAACCGUGCUACGGCAUCACCAGGAGUAUAAUGUUGAUUCGAACAAUAGCGAAGAUGACGUCGCCUCAACAUCGACACUUAUCUCGCGAGAUAUCAGGUUAACGACAACAAUGGACAAGUUGACCGCGCGAGAAAUGGGUCUACAGCCGUGGUUUUCUUUCUUUGUCGAAGAGGUUGAUUGUUCAUGCAUCACACCCUUCGAUGCAUUAAAUUGGCGGCGGAUGAAGAUUGACGUGAUCAAAAUUGCAACAACUAAUGCCACCGUUGCGUCGGCCGUUUUAGCAAUUUCCGCCUUGUACAAAGGAUUGACAUAUCACCUGCCACUGUCGAAGGCAGCGUCAUUUUGGGACAUAUCGAAACGGGCCUAUGAAGAUGCUCUGCAGCGUGAAGAUCACGAUUUCGAUGCACAUCUACCUGGACUCUUCCUCCUUUGUCUUUUCAGCUACAUUGAUCCAGAUAGCGAUCCAAUCCUAAAGGCACCAAGCGAGGCUUUCACGGCAAGAUUGAUUACCUGGGCAGCAAGGCCAUAUCACCCACCGCUCUCGCUGAGACUUUCUGCAUGGCUUCGACUACUCCAGGCUGCUAUGAUCCGCGGAGGAGGCAUGGGUUUAGUAUCAGAUGACUUGUUGGGCUAUUUUCCCAGCCAUAGCGGGCCCAUCCCAAGCCUUAAAUCGCCUACUGAUGGCGGGUCAGACGUAGCAACCCAUCUAUAUGAGGUGUUGUUCGACCCCAUCUUCGACUUUUACUUCCAGCUGCAGAUGAUCUCUGGCGAAAUCGCCCGACUAACACAUUACCACCGAUCACGCGGCUCUGGCAAGGACCAAGACGAAGUCACGCAACAGAUCAUAAAUAUCCGAUCGAAACUCCGCGAUCUCUGGAGCCGUCGGUCGCCUACACAGCACCAAAGCCCCCAAGACCUCCGUUCGAACGUCUCAGCAAAGAUCGCCAACCCUAUCAUCACGCUCGUGGGACUAUGCGCCGCCGCGUACAAUGCCGAGUUCGUGGAAAUCGAUCGCGUGUUAGGAGAUCCCGUGUCCGAAUCAUCUGAAUCCAAACAAUGCAUGCGGCAAAUCCGGAAUAUCGUGGAGGGAGAUUGGAACGUAUAUCACGAUGGGAAGCUCAAUCCAGGGUUGCUCCGACCUCUAUUCCUCUACGCAAUCGAGUGCAGGAAUUGCGAGGAGAACCAAUGGGCGGCGGAUAGACUGGGCGAGAUCAAGAACGCUGUAUGUAGAAGUGACUUCUUCGCGGCGUUUGGUAAAGCUCUGUCGGAUACUCAGAUUCGGAAGGAUAGGAGGGUCACAUCGAAGUUCUUUUGUAUUUGGUAUUUUGGGACUGUGCCUCCCUUCAUGUAGCGACUGAGCCUCCCUUCAUGUAGCGACUGAGCCUCCCUUCAUGUAGCGACUGAGCCUCCCUUCAUGUAGCGACUGAGCCUCCCUUCAUGUAGCGACUGAGCCUCCC